GUCGCCGGGACAUAGGCUUCUAUUCUCGCCACGGCUUCUUGUGGCAGCGCCAUACGGAAGCGAUGUUGAGCGUUGGCGGCGCCCUGCUUGUCGUAGGGGCCAUCUGUCUUUGUCAGAGCCUUGGACGAUGGUUGAUCAGGCAGCGUCGCAAAUGCUUUGACGCUUUCGAUGGCACAGGAGUACCAACCGUGCCGCUUCGGAGCCUCAUCAGCGGCAAUACGAAUGAAUUCUGGGAACCAACUGUCAUUGAAAGGAUCGAUGAAUGGGUGAAAGGAUAUGGCAACGUUUUUGGAUUCUUCAUCGGUGAUACGCCAUUCAUGGUGGUCAAGGAUCUCGACAUGAUAAAUGAAAUAUUCAUCAAGGAGGCAAACAAGUUUUCAAGUCGUGGUCGCAUGUUUCACAUGUACGAGCAAGACCCGCUCUUCGCCAAGUACCUUGUCUUCUCCAAGGGUUCUGUGUGGAAGCGCUCUCGAAACUGCAUGUCGCAGUUCUUCACGUCGUCGAAGCUCAGAGCGGUGAUGCCGUCAUUGCUGCACGCCCAGAAGCAGUUCAUCGAUGUUCUGGGCGAGCACGCUGACCGCGGCGUUGACGUGGACAUCAACAGCCUCUGCGAGCGCUUCACCUUCGACGUGAUUGGCAAGGCAGCGUACGGCAUCGACACGGGCGUGCAACGGAAUCCUGACCACCCGUUGUUUAAGAGCGCCCUCGCAGUCCUAACGAAUCUGACUUCGGGCUUCUUUUACCACCUUGGCCAGUACCUGUACCACUGGGAAUGGCUCCUGAAAUUGGCUUUCAAGGUCAUCGGCGCUAUCAGCAGCAAUCCCCUUGCAGAAAUGACCAAAAAAGUCACAGAAGUCAUUCGAUACCGACGAAAAAAUCCGCAGGUGAGAGUACCAGACAUGGCACAAAUUCUUCUGGAUGGUCUUGUAGAGGGAGAAGUUUCCGAAGUCGGGAAGUAUGACGUCAGUGUAGACAACACAGCACCGCUCCCUCCAGAGACGCUAAACCAGCUGUCUUCAAACUGCAUGGCCAUUUUUAUUGGAGGAUACGAUACCACAAGGAUGGCUUUGACUUUCUGGUUUUAUCUGAUGGGGAGGUAUCCGGAGGUGCAGGAGAAAAUGCGUCAGGAGGUCCUUAACGCUUUCGAUACAGAGGGAGACCACCUAUCUCUUCGCACUGUUACGACUCUUCCUUACUCAAACCAAGUCAUUUCUGAGACCCUGCGGCUGUAUCCGCCAGUAAUCAUAUUUACUACACGAUGUGCUGACGACGACUAUCGUUACGGCAAGUACCUCAUUAGGAAAGGAACCUCGGUUCUGGUGCCUACGUACCAGCUGCACCAUGACCCGCAGUACUGGAAAGAACCUGAAAAUUUUGACCCGGAAAGGUUCAGUCCGGAAAACAAGAGCACCAUCAACCCGACUGCCUACCAGCCUUUCGGCCUGGGCCAGCUCAUAUGCAUCGGUCAGCGUCUAGCGCUCAUUGAGCUGGUCUCCGCCGCCGCGCAAACGCUGCGUCACUAUCGCAUCGUCCUCGGCAAAAGCCAAAAGCGUGACCUCGAGAUUGGCACCUACUCUAUUAUGGCCGCACCUAAACAGAAAGUGUUGAUCCAACUGCGUAAGUUGAACGGGGUGAAGGGAGUUCCCAAGUGGCUCUACUGUGGAAACUCGUAUUUUUGA